AUGGCGAAGUCUUCCAAAAAAGGCAAAAAAGUUGGCACAUCGGGUGAGCCUGCAUCCAAGCGAGGGAAGCAUCAAGCUAGUACGAAGAAAACUAAAAAAAGUGUGAAACAGCCUAGUUCCAAAAAUUUAGUAAAUGAGACCAAUGCGAAAAAGGGAUUGCCAAGUACGUCGCGUAGCCGAGGAUUGGCCACGCGCACAUCAAGGCGUCCUCCCGUGAAGAAACGUCAGAGAAAUACCACUGAAAGUCAUGAUAGUCAGGACUCCAUAUCAAACCCCAAAGUAGCAGAGCCGGAACAGGUUUACGAAAAAGCUGUUAAAAAGAGGUCAAAGGCAAAUGAUGCUGGUGGGCCUCAAGACCCUCUCACGCGGGUUGCAGGUGAUACAUCUGACUUAGUGAAUGGGGUGGAUCCAGCCCAACCACGAGGGCCUUCACCCUCUUCACGAACUACCGCCUUAAAUUCCCGAUUUCCAGAACCUGAGCUCGCGGGUUUCUUGUCGGACCUCACGUCCUUUCUCUGUCGUCUAUGGUGUCGUGUUACCACCCACGUCACGCUGCAGGUGCCUAAUAGUGCCGCCUUUCUUAGUGUUGGUGAGCGCGGCCGUAUGCUAGAUUCGACUGCACUAACGGGUACUCCGGCUAGCAGGGCGAAGGAAGGGACUUCUGGUGAAGCCGCGGAAAAUCUUUAUGACUGGAAAGCUCUUUUGAUGGAUGGGAGUAAGGAGCAUGAGGAGGUCUACCGCACCGUCCGUAGUACCAUCGCAGCGUCAUGUGCGUUAGGCCAUCGGUCUUGUCAAGCCCUGUGGGGUCCAUGUGGCUCUGGUAAACACCGCAUCGUUCGCCUGAUCGCCGAGGAAUGCUCAAAGCAGGCGAACACCUUCGUGAUCCAGCUACACGGCAAACUUCUGCGAAGCGAUGAGGCAGCGAUCAUGGUCAUUGCACAACAGAUGCUAGCCUUUUUGAAGUCGCCGCACUCGGAGGCGGUGCGCCGCGCAGACUGGUCUAUUCGGACUGGGACCUUUGACUUUGGUCAGUUAUUUCACUUUGAAAGGGAGUUGGCAGUGGAGUCAACGACUCACACACACCAUGGUGAUACCAAUCAAAUGUCCGGCGCGAGUCAUGCUUAUGAGACUGGCGAGCCCCUUGGUGCUGAAUCUUUGCUGCAUCAGGGGGGUACCCGAGGGGAUAGGAGACAUAGCAUUGCGCCUGCCGCUUCUACUACGUGUGGGGCUCCCAAACAAACUAUGCGACCAGGGGAGCCUUGGCUGACAGUUGCAGAAAACGAUACCAUAACAAAUGCAAAGAAUAUGACGAGAAAGCAAAAUCCCAAACAAGGCGACCCAUCCGUAGGAGGCGAUGAUUUUGAGCUCGACCUCAGCAACGAGGAAGAUGCCGGUGGGGAAGCAUGUCCCUUUAUCACAUCAACCACCACGUGCCUUAGCGGUGGGGCGGCGAGUGCGCUACCACACCUCCAGCGCGCCCUCCUCCUCUUGAAGCACCAUGGCACUAAUCUUGUUGUCUGUGUGCGGCAUGCGGAUCAGUUUAGUGUUUGGUGCGAUCGUCUCCUAUACGUCCUCUCUGGCCUCAUGCAUGAGAGCGAUGGCCAGGGAGGAGGUAUGUCUCUCCUGCUGACCAGUUCCGCCUCUGAUGUGCGGCAGAUGGAAAAGCGACUGUCCAGUCGUCUGACUUGCAUAACCUGUUAUGUGCCGCUGUUAGCGUGGACUCCUGCGACCCUGCUCCGGGCGGUCAUUUCAAUUAUCUUAGAUUGGAGUGUUUGGAAGCUAGAGGCAGUCGGGCUGCAGCAGGAAGAGGAAGCGCAUCGGCGUCAAGUACAAAACAAACCCGUUGAGGGGGAUGUCAACAACAGGGAAAUCGCUAAUCGGCGCGCUCGCAAGGGUAUAGCUAGGAAUGAAGAUUCUAACCCUAAUCAUCACAGCAGCUCCAAUGGGACUGAUGAAGCUUUGGAGCAGAUCACUAGACGUGAAGCCGAAUUAUCCCGUCAGAAGGCGUCUCUCUGUCAUCUUCUUCCUUUUGAACUUGACAGGGCGCCCAUCGGCCCCUCUCCGUUAACUCAUGCCGACAGUAGGCUUACCUUGAGUGAAGGAUGUGUCAUACUGCCGUCGACAGAAGCAUCAAAUGUAUCUGAUAUGCCUUCUUUGUACGCGCAUCCGACGUUAGUGCUCGAAACCUUCGUAUUAAUAUGCAAACAGCAGCUGCACAGGCUUGAUACGAUGUGCACCGGAGGGAGCAAUGGGAGUGGAUCUUACAGUCUGGCGAAUUGCCCUUCCCCUGACGGCACUGGUUCGGCUGACUUUUCGCUUGUGCACAACGUAAUGAAACUGACCGAAGACCUUUUCGCUACCGGCAGCACUCCUCAAGCUUCUUUAGCGGCACUUGUGCAGUGCUUGACAAAAUGCAGCUCCGGGGCACUGGACUUACUAAGUCCUGGGGACCGUGCCGAGGUGCUGGCAUGGCUGCGGUCGCGUCAAAGCCAAGAAGCGACAUGGCCUUGGAUGGAAGCAAUUAGCCACCACCACAACACCUGCGGGACUGAAGAUCCUGAAUGGUGUACCCAAACUAACGGUACCUUGCCGCGCCUCCGUGGGUGUGCUCCGUUGAGCUUGCGACUGGGGUCUCGGGCAUUGAACACUCGGAGCGCGAACAUGGCGUCCUCUUCAUCAGUCCUCGAUCCUGUGCUGUUGCCACCCAAUUUGUGGGGCCUGCUCGACGAAGGUCAGCUUGUACGGUUGGGGUACUUUUCCCGAGAGUCGAUCCUGAUUCUCUUUUAUAUGUUGAUGCACCAAGAGUCUGGAAUAGAUAGACGGUCAAUCGCAGAUCUUCUGGAGGAUGUAUCAUCUUCGCUUGGGGUCAAGGCGGCGGCAGCGCUCGAUCGUGCGGCCUAUAAAGCGUCAAUUGAGCAACUCGCCCGGUGGCGAAUGCUGAAGAUACAGGAGAUGGGGGAGUCAGUGUCGCUGAAUAUUGGUACCAGCAGGUUACGUGAGGCACUCAAGGCUGUCUUUGCACGACAAGUGGACUGGUGUGAAGACAUUCUCGGUCUCGAUUCAAAGGACUAUAUGAGAAUGAGAAGCCUCAUUGGGUAA